AUGCCCAUCAGCAUCCAAACCAUCUUCAAGGUGUGCAGCGGAGGCUUCGCCCGGGUCGAGGAAAAAUCGCAUAGCCAGAUCGCAGCGCAAGCUCCCGCCGUCGCCGAGGUUGUUGUAGUGUCGGCAGUUAUUGAGAAGAAGCCCGCAGCGUCGCAGGCGAGAUUCCUCGAGUUGAACCGACAAUUCGGCGAGGAACUCGAGGUGAUCAAGGUGUUGCUGAAGGCACAGGAGGAGGAGUGGAGAGAGCAGGAGAAUCUGCCGGACAUGGGGGAGGAGAUGGCGGGAAUGGAGAAGGAGGAGAAGGAGAAGAAGAAGGAGGAGAGAGACGGGAAGGACGAGGAAUGA